AUGAGGCGCUGUUCUUUCCUCGCUAUUCAAACGUUUUCAUUUUCAGGAUGGGAUGUGGAAAACGGACCGAUAAAUGGACAGCCUGCAUUCAGUCCCGACGUUCUAAUAUCGUUAACAGCGCCAAAACUUUGUGCGAAGCAUUUUCAGGGCCGAGCACACUACCUCGGUGGUCGAUUCGUACCUGAAGCUCUUGCUGCAAAGUAUCAUCUGCAGUUACCUGAAUACCCAGGGACCGAAUGUAUUGUAAAACUCUCAUAA